ACAUGGCAAAGAUAUUUAAUGUCUGUGAUAUACUAAGCAAAGAUGAUAAACCCACUGCCUGCCUUAGAGAUCUGAAGCCAGGGGAAGAAGUACUUGCAAGAUGGUCCAACAGCAAGUUCUACCGCACCACAGUGGACUUCGUUGGAACAGAUAACAAGACAGUGGAUGCCAAGAAGGCCACAAAGAAAGACAUGAAAAAAAGAGAUGCAGCUGCUCAAAGAUUCUACAACCUUCCAUCACUACCUCAAGCAGGUCAGUCCACCUCUGUACAGGAUCAUCCAAAUACUGUGGACCACAAUGUCAUCCAGCCUCCAACUACCUGGCCAGUGUACCAACCUCAACCUAUCGAGUCAUCUUUACCUAUCCAGCCACAGCACCAGCCUGUAACUGCCUGGCCACAGUACCAGGUUCCAGUUUCCCAGUCAUCACCACACACGCAUCCAUGUUACCAGCAUCCACCUAUCCAGCCACUCCACCAGUAUGCACCCACUCUGUCUCCAGUCACACAUUGUUCCAACCUUUCGCAGUAUCCAAAGCAUCACCAACCUCACACGGCACUGCCCACAUCUUCAGACCUGUCACAACAACCUGUUUUGGUGGAUUUGGAUCACCGAAGACAGCCACCAGCUCCUACUGUAACACCCAAAGAAAGCUUUCUCAAAAUGUUGUACAGUCCUAAUAAAAACCAAAAACCUGCUGUUCUUGGGGACCAGAGCCAGCCUAGUACGUCUGAACAUGAGACUUCUUCAAGCUCAUCAUCUGCAGAUACUUUAAUCAUCGAGCGUGAUCCACUUCCAGAAUAUGGAGAGCCAGUUUUCAGUUUGCCUGAAUCAAGAGAAGACAGAUCAUGGAAGCCAUGCAGGGCAUGCAAGCCAGAGGUGGAAAAAUUAGUGGAGGAGAAGGCCAAACUGCAGGAUGUGCUGUGCGGUAUAAGUGGUGAGCACCUCGAGGCAUUAAAAAGCUUUCUGAACAAAGUGGAACAGAUCCAACCUCAGGCUGGUGUUGGGGCUCCAGAACACAGAUCUGGGAAGCAAGAGCUGUAUCCAGAAAGUGGCCUAUUCGUGUCUUCUACCCGCCUGGCUGCAAUACAUGCAGAAGCAAAGAAGGACUGCCUCCGAUUGUUCCAUCUUCUUUUUGAUGAGUUCUUUACUGCAGCAGAGUGCCGAAAUGCUGUGGCCUUUGGGAAGCACGGGAAGGUGCCAGAUGGGAAGACAGUCCUGGAUAAGUUCAAGGUCAAUGGGAUUCUAACUUACAUCAUGCGCUGUAGUACCCUGGAUGGAUGGACACCUGUGGAGAAAAGUAAGGUCAAAAAAGCCUUCAUAAACAAAUGCCGCAUCAGGGCCACAACACUGUAAAGUAUUGGAUGUGGCACACUGAGACAUUUGUUGAAAUGACCAUGUUCAAAAAAAGCCCCUGUAUACAAAUGCUGCAUGAGGGCCUUAAGACUCUAAAGUUGUUAAAUGUUGUGCAAUGUGCACUGUUGUAAAGUUGUGCUGAUACUGCUUAAAACACUGGAGACCUUGUUACUGUUUUAAAAACAUAGGUUUACUGAAAAGGGACACAUUUAUUGUUCAGGUUUUAUAAUGACAAU